GUGUCAGUGCCAACUUCAAACAGUUUUUUUUCAAUAUUCUCGAUCUCAUUUGUAUUUGCUUGCAUUUUUAUCUUGUUAAUAAUUUUUUCCCACCCUUUUUAAGUACUCUUCAGUAAGCUGAUGUAAUUUAAUUAUUGAAGAUUUUCGUCAGUUGCUUGUAUUUACUCAAAAUGUCUUCAAUUGAUUUUGAUCCAGCAAUAAAACUUUGUUUAAAGUACUUGCAUUCGAGCUCUCCAGAUUCUACAGAACAGUUAAGGUUGACUCUUGAUGAUUACAUUCGACAAACAUAUGGUAGCGCCAAAACUUUAGGCAAUGUGCUACCUAAAAAAUACUUGAAUGAAGAGAAAUUGGAAUCCACCAGGUCAAAGCAUAAGAGUGAGAAGAGCGCCAGUAGUAAAACUAUACCGAUCCCGCAACAAAGUCCACAGCAGAUUCAAAUACCUGAGCGGGAGAAUGAUGAUGGCUCUGUAAUGGAUGGAGAAUUGGCCUUUGAUCUUUUGGAGGAAGAUUUAACUUGUGUUGUUUGCAGGCAAAUAGCUGUGCAGGCUGGAAAUCGCUUAGUAGAAUGUGAUGCGUGCCAUGCUUUGUACCAUCAGGAUUGUCACAAACCUGUUAUUAGUGAUAAUGAUAUGGGGUCUGGAUGGCAAUGUGCUUCAUGUCUUUCAUCGCAAGGUUUCACAGUUGGAUUUUCUAGUAAGACAUCAUCAGGCUCUAAAUCACCAACACGACUGUCAGACUCUACGACACCUGUCAAAAUAUCAUCAUCAAGUUCGUCAUCCUCUUCACCAUCUAAAGUGGUCACACCUAGCAUUAAUAUUAUAUCAGCAGACAAACGAUUGCAAAUUAUGAAAAAGAAAGCAGCUAAACAGCAUGAAAAGAAGAAAAGCUCAAAAUAAAUGAGCUCAUAUUUAAUUUUAAGGAAUAAUUUUUUGAUGAAUUUUAAGUUUGUUAUAGUAAUAACCAAUAAUAAUAGGUACAAUUUUUUUUGUGUUUCCUUAUUUGCAGUUUAUGAGAGUAUAUAGCAGUAGUUUCUCAUCUUGCUUUCUGUGUUGCAGUUAAUUUUUUUCUAAAUGUAAUGUUCGUUUUUAUAGUAAUAAAAUAUGUUGUGCAAAGUAA